AUGCUUCUGUUCAACAAGCUGGCUGUCCAAGCGCUGCCUUUGGAGUGCAGUUUGGUUUGGCUGCAGCUCUUCUUUGCGGCCUUCUUCAUGCUAAUCUUUGGCUUCCCCUACUUGCACGUUGGUUCCAUGAAGGACUUCCUACGCUGGUGCAUGGUCGUCCCGUUCUUCACUGGCAUGCUUAU